AUGUUAUCGCAAAGAACGGGUAGAGCAAAGCUCGACGACGUUACCAGGAUACUUUCCGAAUUGAAGACCGACCUGGACGUGAAGAAGCUGUCUGUUGAACAAAGACGGCAGCUACUCGAACAGCUCAAAGUCUACGGCCGUUCAGUCGACAAUUCCGACCCCAUAUUCACGGAAGAUGGCCUCCGGACACUAGGGCACCACGCCUUUGACGGAGAGACUACACCUGCGGCACAGGAAGCUCUCCGAUGCAUAGCCAAUGCUCUCCUUCUCCAGCCCAAGACGCGCCAGAUACUCGUCAAUCUAGGCCAUGGUCCACAUGCAGCGGAAAAGCUGAAAGAAGAAAGUAUCGACACUGAGUUCCUCGCCGCCCGUAUCCUCUUCCUCACAACAUACAACGCGAACCUCGAUUACGCACAACUCGUCCGCGAGAACCAGCUAGUCGACAGCAUCAAUGCAGCCAUCACACGGCAUGCGAAACGAUACUCCAAAUCCGCGCCACGCAGAAACGAACAGCCCAUGGAGGCCAUGGCGCUCUCUGAAACACUCAAGCUACUCUUCAACAUCAUACAUCAUAAACAAGACCUUGCUCCCCUCUUUGCUCCCUCAAUACCCAACGUUUUCAAGAUCCUGGUGCGGAGAGGAAUACCGUCGCCGCCAUUGUCCGGCCCAACGCGCGAACUAGUCAACAUCCUCCUCCAUCUAGACAUCGAAAACGAACAAGGCCGAGAAGGCCUCUUCCCAUCAUUCGACGGCGAGGUCAACAUCCGCCACUUGAUCAAGAUUCUCGACCAAGCACUCAUCGUCUACCCACCCAAAGAACUUGAUGAGACCGUCACACCCCUCCUUACCCUCAUCCACCGUAUCUACACGGUCGCUCCAGCAGAAAUUGCCAGCACAAUGGAGAAGUUACUCCUCCCCACAACCGAAGAACGUGACCGCCCCCUCGGAAAGUCAGACACGCUGUCCUCUCGACUACUCAAUUUAUCCACGUCCGCUUUGACACCCUCACUGCGAAACGGGAUAUCGAUGUUGCUGUGGAAACUCUCACAUGAAGAUCCCGCGACAUUUGUGCAUAACGUCGGCUACGGCUUCGCUUCUGGUUUCCUCAUGUCAAACAACAUACAAAUGCCUGAGGAACUAGUCAAGGAGCAUGCGCCAGAGAGUGGUGAUGAGGGUAUACCGAUCAACCCUAUCACGGGGCAGAGGCUGGAUAAGGAGGAGCAGGUGCAGAUGGAGCCCAUGACGCAGGAGGAAAAGGAAAGGGAGGCGGAGAGGCUAUUUGUGCUGUUUGAGAGGUUGAAGGCGACGGGGGUCAUGGAUGUGGUUAAUCCGGUCGAGGAGGCGUAUCGAUCGGGGAGGAUCCAAGAGCUGAGUGACGACGAGGAUUGA